GUAAGUGGUAACUGCGCAAGGGAGCACAAUGGACAAGAAACACGGCUCCAAAGAAAGGAAGGGUUCUCGCUCAAGUUCCAGCUCAAGUUCUGGUUCAGGUCAUGGAGGGCACAAACGAAGUGGUUCUAAGGAACACAAGCGACACGGUUCAAAAGAACGCAAACAUGGAGAUUCGAAGGGCCACCAUUCGAAGGAACAUAUAUCCGUUGAUGAGCUAUUCUUCAAAAGGGGUUGCUUCCAAGCUAUUAAUGACAUGGAGGCAAGCCUGUGUACCUACAGGAAAACAGGAGCAGAUGGUAAUGGCGACCAUGCACCACGAAAUUGGAACACUCAGUAA